UUCGGUUCUUUUUGUUUUUCGGUUUCAAUUUUUUGAACCCACCGCUAUAUAUGUGUUUUUGAACAAUGGGCCAGUAACGUUUUUCAAUUUCGUCUCAGCCUGGCGAGAAUCGAACCUAAACACUGCCACCCCCUCCCCAGUCCGUCAAUCCCCAUACUAGCCGCCACCCCCGGCCUUCUGCAUACCAGGCUCCAUCAUCACCCACCAACCCAUCUCUCUGCGGGAAUUAGAAACGACCAAAAUCAUCAGAGGAACGAGCCCUCAUACCAAUCGGUUGACCAUGUCCAUGGAAGUCGCGGACAGAGACCCCAUCACCAACCUACAGUCCCUGGUCGACUCCCUCAAGCACAGAGUUCAGGAAUUAGAGGUUGUGAAUGCCAAAUUGUCAUCUCAACUUGCAAAUUGUUGCUGUCAUGAGAAAGAGAAAAAGCCUGAUGGUUCUGUAAGUUUUGAUAGUUCAGUUGAGAAAAGCAGGAAAUCAAACUCUGGAAGUAAGAAGACCACCAUUGAGAAAGUAAAAGAGACAGUGCCAGGUCAUAUCACAAGGAUCAUUAAUCACCUCCCUAAGAGAUAUGUUGCUCUGAAAGUCAUGUAUUUUGGGCAGAGGUUUUAUGGUUUUGCUUCAGAGGCACAAAUGGAUCCAACCAUUGAGGUAUUAAUUUUUAAAGCCCUUGAGAAGACAAGACUUUUAGUUGAUGACAAGAAGGAAUCACAAUACUCAAGAUGUGGUAGAACCGACAAGGGAGUAUCUGCUGUUGGGCAAGUUAUCGCUCUCUAUUUACGAUCAAACCUCAAGGAAACAUGUGAGAAUAAUGAAGAUUCCAACAAAAUCGUUUACAAUGAGCAAUAUGAAGGUGAAAUUGAUUACGUGAGGGUGUUGAAUCGGGCCCUUCCAGAGGAUAUUCGAGUUUUUGGCUGGUGUCCUGUUCCAUUGGAUUUCAAUGCCAGGUUUAGCUGUUUAGGGAGGGAGUACUAUUAUUUAUUUUGGGGGCAAAAUCUGAAUCUCUUGGCUAUGGAGAGUGCUGGUAGGAAAUUUGUUGGUGAACACGACUUCAGAAACUUUUGUAAAAUGGAUGCACUAAAUGUACACAACUAUAGGCGAAAAAUCACUUCAUUUGCAGUCUCUCCUUGUGAUGUGAGGUUUGACGAGAACCAGCUUUGGGCGAUUAAAAUUAAAGGUAGUGCUUUCCUCUGGCACCAGGUCAGAUGCAUGGUUGCUGUGCUAUUCUUGAUCGGCCAAGGUCAUGAAUCUCCUGAUGUGGUUGAUGCAUUACUGGAUACGAGCAGAACCCCAAGAAAACCUCAAUACACCAUGGCCCCAGAGAUCCCAUUGGUUCUUCAGUCCUGUGAAUUUGAGGGUCUCAAGUUCACUUGUUCUUCAGAUGCUGGGCAAGCGUUGCGUGUACACUUGGCAAAAGAAUGCCAAAGUUAUCAUCUCCAAGCUGCAAUCUUCCACGAGGCUCUUCGGAGCUGCUUGCCAAUAGAAAAAGAUCAGAGUUCCUUGGAAAAUAGAACAAUCAAGAAGAAAUGUGCCCAUGUCCCUCUAGUGUCGCGGCCAACUGAGCCAUCGUAUGACGAGAGACGUGCCAAAUUAAACUCCAAGGCGUAGAGACUGAAGAGCUUAAUGAUAUUGUUAUCUUGGAGAUUAACAAACUAGACAUUGUAUUAGUAUGUUCUAUUAGUAAAUUAAUUGUUUCGUUGCAAAAUGUUGUUCAACGAUUUUUCUUAUCGAUGUAUAAUUUCUCACAAUUGGUUUUUUCUAUUUUUCUGUUAUCGUAAAACUGAAAAACUUGUAGUUUUCAGCUUUUAGUUUUCAAAAAGGUGACAAUAAAAA